AUGGUUGAAGUCAGUGGGACACCAAGACUCACCGCAGGGAAGUGGAAGAAAUCACCUCUUAGGAUUCUGCCCUGCACAGUGUCGCAGCUUCUGUCCGCACCUGAAAUCAACAAUGAUACCUUUGCAAUCUGUGAGCGUGAACUCCACCAGGUGUCUGUUGUGGGCGUCAUCCGAGGAUGUUCCCCCUUCGAGAGCAUCGUCCAGUACUCUGUGGACGACAUGACGGGUCCACCGUUAAAUGUGAAGCAGUGGGUCAACAAAGAGGACUGUGCGACCACGACCGAUGCUUCUCCUGGAACAUACGUGAAGGUGACUGGAAGUCUGCGUAAUUUCAGAGCUCAAAGGUAUUUGAUGGCAAUGAAUAUCCGCUGCAUCGAGGACAUGAAUGAGAUCACAUCCCACAUGUUGGAGGUGGUACAAGCCCAUAUGCACCUUACUGGGGAGGUGUAUGAUGUGAAUAUGAACACCUUUGUUCCCGUGAUGCCUGAGGGGUUAAGCAGUGGACAUCCUCAAGCUUUGUCCACCAUCCAGGACCAGGUGUUAAAUGCAAUCAGGAAGUCCUCUGACCAUAAUGAAGGCAUCAGCUUGCAUGACCUGAAGGCUCAGCUGCAUUUGCUCAGAAUGACAGACAUCAGAUCCUCCUUGACCUUUCUCUUAAAUGAAGGCCAUGUUUUCUGCACCAUCGAUGAGCAUCACUUUAAGACAACAGGAUAUAACUAG